AUGACGUGGCUGGCACUCCAACCAGCCGCCUUCGCGCGGGCGUCGGCAGGCCUGACUUGUCGGCCGGGUCUGCGACUCUACUCGGCCACCGCCGGCGCCGGCAUCUCGGACCCGCUCCGGAUCCUCUUCUGCGGCUCCGACGACUUCAGCUGCGCGGCGUUGGACGCCCUCAACGCUGAAAAGAAGCGCAAUCCCGGACUGAUCGAGUCGCUUGACGUUGUCGUUCGACCGGGUAAGCUGUCGGGAAGAGGGAUGAAGAAGAUUCGCGAGGUGCCACUAAAGAGCCUUGCUGAGAAGCUCGAGUUGCCGAUUCACGAGAGGGACACAUUUACCGGGUGGCAGCCGCAUAACGACAUCAACCUCAUCAUCGCCGUCUCCUUUGGUCUCUUCGUGCCACCAAGGCUACUGAACCUGGCCAAAUACGGUGGGCUCAACGUUCAUCCAUCUCUUCUCCCAGAGUAA